CUUGUGUCAGUGAAAAACACGGACUAAAAUUAUGUUACUGGUGAGCUUGUUUGUCGUCUUAGCCGAGUACUGUAUUAUAUUACAUGCAACGGACCCUGUUCCCAAGACGAACGUGAACGCUGAUACAACUUCAAAUACACUGGCGAAUCAGAAAAGGGGGAAAAGCGAAGAAAAUUUAAAUGUUCAACACGAUGCUUCAGGCGGAGAUAAUAGAGAUGAAAAAUUAGAAGAUGCAAAAUCAAAAACUAAUUUUGAAAAUCUACGAUCACUAUAUGGUUAUGAUCACGCCUAUUUUGAAACAUCUGUUAACUUGGGUGGUGCAGAAAAAGAGGAUAAGAAGAUAAAUGAGCAAAUAGGAAACCUAUAUGGUACGUUUAAGGAGAAGUAUGUCCUUCCAAUUGCACCUGAUAAUCUCCGUUACGCCUUUAUAAUAUUCAGACACGGAAUAAGAUCACCUAUGCAUUUUCCCUUUCAAACAAUUUGGGCAUUUCAAAAGAUGUGGGGCUUUGGAAUAGGACUUCUCACCAAAAGAGGUCGGCGUUUAAUGCACCACGUGGGCGAGUCUCUUGGCACAAGAUACAACAAGCUUGUCCCUCAUUUCGACAAGAACGUUGUCCAGUUUUCAUCCUCUAAAGUUGGACGUGCACGGAAGAGCGCAAAGUGUGUGGCAACUGGGAUGUUUGGCCCAAAUGACCCUGUCUUCACAGACAAAGACAGCUUAACAUUGGCUCCAUGCAAAAACCUACCUGGUGUAGAGGUUGGGAACUUUGACAAGUGCGAUCUCUUUGCCGAUGUUGAUUUAAAAUGGUUGAACCAAUGCAAUAUGUAUACCAGAUUGAGAAAACAAAGUCAACAAAGGGAAAAGCAAGAAGUGUCCCCUCAAAGAAAGGUAUUCUAUAAUUUGCUGAAUGAGUGCAUUCAUAACUCGUACCAAAUACCAGGCUUUGCAAGGAAACUUUACCACAGUGCCAAGGCUUUUGAUACAUUCCAAUCAUGGAUUCUCAACAAGAAAGAAGCGCUUAAAGAAUGUGUUGCUCAUGCGAUGCCGGUGAUGCAGAAAGCCGUUCAACUACAUUUGUGGUACGAGAUUCACGGCAAGACAAACAUGGUGGAGUAUUAUAUAGGACUUUUGGUAAAUACAAUCCUGACUGAAAUGAGCAAUGGACUCCAGAAGGAUCCAACACAAAGCAGACAAAAUCUUGAAGAUCCUGAAAAUGGUCACACUGAGUCCAAAUUUGGGGAAAGAAGAUUAAAGAUGCAUUUUCAUGGAUCGCAUGACGUGACAGUAAGCCCGCUGUUCUGGGUUCUUAGCCAAGAUGAGACCUACUAUGCUCUUACAGGAGACACUCUCAUUGUAGAGAUGACCUCAGACUAUACCGUCCAAGUAUUCCUUUUUUCUCCCCUCACAUUGGGAAAGGGCGAGAAAUUUAGGCAGAUAUCAUUAAAACCUCUGUGCGGCAAGGAAGAUUGCAAAUAUGAAGAAUUUGAGAAAGCUUUGACGAAAUUCUCAUAUGAUGAACCUACGUGGAAUUCAAAGUGUAAAGAUGAUGCUAAGCUUACCAGUGAUGAUAGACCUUUGCCACAUGAUAUCAAUGAUGAAGAUUUACAAAUAAUGCAAAGACCAGUGACGAAUUGAAAGAGGAGAGAGUUAAG